AUGGAAGUGCCAGAGGGCUCUGGGAACUCACAGGUCUCCUUGGUUGCUCCAGGAUUUGUCCAGCUGGUUGGAGGGGACAGCCCCUGCUCAGGAAGUGUGGAGGUCUACGACAGGGACCAGUGGAAAGCUGUCUGUGACUCCCACUUUGGAGACAAAGCUGCUGAGGUGGUCUGCAGGGAGCUGCAGUGCGGCACAGCCCUGUCCGUGCAUGGGGCAGCUCACGUGGGAGAAGGGGCCGGUCCUGUCUGGGACAGAGAGCUGCAGUGUGUGGGGAAUGAAUCCACCAUCCUCUUCUGCCCCUGGGAGGCCCCCAAGGAACUGCCCUGCAUGUACGGCAAUGGCACUCAUGUCACCUGCACACAGUACACAGGGUUCAGGCUGGUGAACGGCAGCACAGCGUGUGCGGACAGGGUGGAGGUCGAGGUGCUGGGGACGUGGGGGACCCUCUGUGCCUCCCGCUGGGACCUCUCGGACGCCCACGUUCUCUGUUGGCACCUUGGCUGUGGCUUUGCUGAGUCCAUUCCUGGAGGAGGGCAUUUUGGGAGAGCAACCAGCCCCGUCUGGAGAGACUUGUUCCACUGUGACGGGACUGAAGCCCACCUGGGGCAGUGCCCGGUGACUGCCCUGGGGGCCUCGCCGUGCUCCCAUGAGAACGCUGCUGCUGUCAUUUGCUCAGGGCAUGAGAAUAACUUGAGCCUCUGCAACACCUCCCUGCCCGAGAGCCCACCAUCAGCAGGACUCAUGGAGGACUCAGGGCUUCUCCCUGCUGCAGGGAGCCGGCGGGUCCGGCUGGUGGACGGGGCCGGGCGCUGUGCUGGGAGAGUGGAGAUCUACUACCAGGGGCGCUGGGGCACCGUCUGCGACGACGCCUGGGACCUGGCCGACGCUGAUGUCGUUUGCCGUCAGCUGGGCUGUGGAGAGGCCCUGGAGGCAGCCAGCUCUGCUCGGUUCGGGGAGGGCUCUGGGCAGAUCUGGCUGGAUGGCGUCAACUGCUCUGGGGCCAAAGCUGCUCUCUGGGACUGCCCUGCCAAGGCCUGGGGGCAGCACGACUGCGGGCACAAGGAGGACGUGGGAGUUGUCUGCUCAGAGUUCAUGGCCCUGAGGCUGGAGAACAGCGAUGGCUGCUCCGGGUGCCUGCAGGUUUUCUACAACGGGACGUGGGGCAGCGUUUGCUCCAACUUGAUGACUACCGAGUCGGUGUCACUGGUGUGCAAGGAGCUGGGCUGUGGGAAUGAAGGGAACCAGGAAACAACCUCAAUCUAUGCCAAGCUGUCUGGCACCGCAUGGCUGGAUCAUGUGGAGUGUGGGAAGAGCAACAGCUCCUUCUGGCAGUGUCCCUCUGCUCCCUGGCAUCCGCAGUCGUGUGAUGACCUCUGAGAAGAGACCCACAUCACCUGCAAGGGGGCUGCAGAGGUGAGGCUGGCGGAUGGCGGCAGGCGCUGUGCUGGGAGAGUGGAGGUGAAACUGCAGGACCAGUGGGGGACCGUGUGUAGUUAUUCCUGGGACAUGGCUGAUGCUGCAGUGGUUUGUAGGCAGCUGGGCUGUGGGGUUGCUCUCAAAGCUCCUCAGUAUGGAUACUUUGGGCCGGGGUCUGGCCCCAUUUGGAUGGAUGUUGUUGACUGUAAUGGCACCGAGUUUGCCCUGUCUGACUGCACACAUGAAGGGCCAGAUAAAGUUUACUGCUUACCCAGUGAGAACGCUGGAGUGAUGUGUUCAGGAUUUGUCCGGCUGGUAGGGGGGGACAGCCCCUGCUCAGGAAGUGUGGAGGUCUACGACAGGGACCAGUGGAAAGCUGUCUGUGACUCCCACUUUGGUGCCAAAGCUGCUGAGGUGGUCUGCAGGGAGCUGCAGUGUGGCACAGCCCUGUCCGUGCAUGGGGCAGCUCACCUGGGAGAAGGGGCCAGUCCAGUCUGGGACAGAGAGCUGCAGUGUGUGGGGAAUGAAUCCAUCCUCUCCUCCUGCCCCUGGGGGGCCCCCAAGGACCAGCCCUGCACCCACGGCAAUAGCACUUAUGUCACCUGCACACCUCCUGUGGGAGCAAGAUCACAAAUGUGGCCUCUCUCACCCUCCUUUGUCUGCGAGUACACAGGGUUCAGGCUGGUGAAUGGCAGCACAGCGUGUGCGGGCAGGGUGGAGGUCGAGGUGCUGGGGACGUGGGGGACCCUCUGUGCCUCCCGCUGGGACCUCUCGGAUGCCCACGUUCUCUGUCGGCACCUCGGCUGUGGCUUUGCUGAGUCCAUUCCUGGAGGAGGGCAUUUUGGAAGAGGAACCGGCCCCGUCUGGAGAGACUCGUUCCACUGUGACGGGACUGAAGCCCACCUGGGGCAGUGCCCGGUGACUGCCCUGGGGGCCUCGCCGUGCUCCCACGAGAACGCUGCUGCUGUCAUUUGCUCAGGGCUGGCUCGCCCCAUGUCCCUGCGGCUGGUGGGCGGAGGGAGCCGGUGCGACGGGCGCGUGGAGGUCUUCCAGCACGGGACAUGGGGCAGAGUCCUGGAUGAGCAGUGGGACAUGCAGGAGGCCAGCGUGGUGUGCCGGCAGCUGCAGUGCGGAGAGGCAGAAGCAGCCUAUACCCCCGCGAGGGCUGAGCGAGGGCUGGGCCCCGUGGGGCUGCACGGGGUGCGGUGUGCAGGGUACGAGGCUGACCUGAGCCUCUGCAACACCUCCCUGCCUGAGAGUGUAAUGGCAGCAGGGAUCAUGGAGGACGUGGGGGCCGUGUGCCAGCGGAGCCGGCGGGUCCGGCUGGCGGACGGGGCCAGGCGCUGUGCCGGGAGAGUGGAGAUCUACUACCAGGGGCGCUGGGGCACCGUCUGCGACGAUGCCUGGGACCUGGCCGACGCCGCUGUUGUUUGCCGCCAGCUGGGCUGCGGAGGGGCCGUGGAGGCAGCCGGCUCUGCUCAGUUUGGGGAGGGCUCCGGGCAGAUCUGGCUGGACGGCGUCAACUGCUCCGGGGCCGAAGCUGCUCUCUGGGACUGCCCUGCCAAGGCCUGGGGGCAGCACAACUGCGGGCACAAAGAGGAUGCGGGAGUUGUCUGCUCAGAGUUCAUGGCCCUGAGGCUGGAGAACAGUGACGGCUGCUCCGGGCGCCUGCAGGUUUUCUACAAUGGGACGUGGGGCAGCGUUUGCUCCAACUCAAUGACUCCCGAGUCGGUGUCACUGGUGUGCAAGGAGCUGGGCUGUGGGGACAGAGGGCAGCUGGAAACAACCUCAAGCUAUGCCAAGCUGUCUGGCACCACGUGGCUGGAUCGUGUGGAGUGUGGGAAGAGCAACAGCUCCUUCUGGCAGUGUCCCUCUGCUCCCUGGCAUCCGCAGUCGUGUGAUGACCUCCGAGAAGAGGCCCACAUCACCUGCAAUGAAAGGCCGCAGGUGGCUGCAUGCCCCAACUCCACAAGGUGCACAGACAGGGAGAAGAUCCGCACCGUGGGAGGCGAGGACCGCUGCUCGGGCAGAGUGGAGGUCUGGUACCGCGGCGCCUGGGGGACGCUGUGUGACAAAACCUGGGACAUACGGGACGCCGAGGUGGCAUGCAGGCAACUGGGCUGUGGCCCCGCGGUCUAUGCCCUGGGGCAGGCUGCUGCUGGAGAGGGGACAGGCCCCAUCUGGCUGAUGGAGUGCAGGGGGACGGAGCUGUCUCUGCAGGACUGCUGGGCCCAGCCAGGGGACAGCGGUGCCUGCCGGCAUAAGGCAGAUGCGGCUGUGCAUUGCUCAGAUCCCCCACGGGGCCCUCUGACCACCACCAGUGAGAGACUCUCGGUGCCUGUCAUCAUCUGCAUCAUCCUGGGGGCCCUCCUCUGCCUGCUCCUGGCCCUCCUGGCUGGGCAGGUGCGAAGCGCCAGGGCUCAGCGCAGAGGCUCCGGGACAGCUGGGGAGCCCUUCCCUGAGGCUGUGUAUGAGGAGAUCGCUUACAGCCUGGCAUGGGAGAAGCAGCCAAGGUUCAGUCUCCCAGAUGUCCCUGUCCUGCCCGAAGGUGAUCCAGCAGAUGGCUAUGAUGAUGCCAGGGAGGUUUCUGACCCUGGGGAAGAUCCUGUCCCUGGGCAGGGGGACUGGGAAGUUCCUGGAGCACCAGAGGAAGGAGAUGGGCCCGGGGAUGCAGCCACAGCUUUCCUGUAG